AGCUCCUAGCGAUUGCUUCUGUCUGUAGUAUUAGUAUGGCGUCCGCGAGAAAGCGGAGAGGCGGCGGGAACUCGGGUCGGGGUCUUGCUCUGUGCUGACAGCAACCUCGCUCUGUGCUGACAGCAACCUCGCUCUGUACUGACAGCAACCCAGGGCCGAGUGGGCUAUGGGGGAGCCCGGCUCCCUGGUCACGGGAGGCCGCGCCGGUGACCGGAGCUGGUGCUUGCGGCGGGUAGGGAUGAACGCCGAGUGGCUGCUGCUGGAGGACGGAAAAGAGGUGACUGUAGGUCGAGGAUUUGGUGUCACAUACCAGUUGGUUUCAAAAAUUUGCCCUCUGAUGAUUUCCCGAAACCACUGUGUCUUGAAGCAGAAUGCCGAGGGCCAGUGGACAAUUACGGACAACAAGAGUCUGAAUGGUGUUUGGCUGAACAGAGAACGUCUAGAACCUUUAAAGGUCUAUUCUAUCCAUGAGGGAGACCACAUCCAGCUUGGGGUGCCUCUGGAAAAUAAGGAGAAUGCGGAGUAUGAAUACGAAGUUACCGAAGACGACUGGGAGAGGGUUUAUCCUUGUCUUUCCCUAAAGAGUGACCAAAUGAUGGAAAAGAAUAAGGGCUUGAGAACUAAAAGGAAGUUUAAUUUGGAUGAGUUAGAGGGUUCUGGAGCUGAAGGCCCCUCAACUUUGAAAUCCAAAAUAAGUAAAGUGUCUUGUGAACCUGGUCAACCAGUGAAGUCACAUGAGAAAGGUGAAGUGGCUGGUCAGCUCAAUGAAUAUUUGGAUCCUAAGUUGACUUGUCUUCAGCCAAGUGGGAAGGCCCUGGGGGCUCAUGUUUACCCAGUCCCUGCAAAAGUCGUAGAGCUUCAGCACAGGAAGCAGAAAGCCUCAAACCCUUCGGCAUCUCAGAGCAGCUUAGAGCUGUUUAAGGUCACCAUGUCCAGGAUUCUAAAGCUGAAAACACAGAUGCAGGAAAAACAGAUCGCUGUUCUGAAUGUGAAAAAACAAACCCAAAAGGGAAACUCAAAGAAAAUUGUGAAAAUGGAGCAGGAACUGCACGAUUUACAGUCCCAGCUGUGUGCAGAGCAGGCCCAGCAGCAGGCCAGAGUGGAACAGCUGGAGAAGACUUUCCAGGAAGAGCAGCAGCAUCUGCAGGGUUUGGAGAAAGAGCAAGGAGAAGAGGACCUGAAGCAACAGCUGGCCCAGGCCCUGCAGGAGCAUCGGGCUCUGAUGGAAGAGCUAAACCGCAGCAGGAAGGACUUUGAAGCAAUCAUUCAAGCCAAGAACAAAGAGCUGGAGCAGACCAAGGAAGAGAAGGAGAAGGUGCAAGCACAGAAGGAGGAAGUUCUUAGCCACAUGAAUGACGUGCUAGAGAACGAGCUUCAGUGUAUUAUUUGCUCAGAAUACUUCAUUGAGGCUGUCACCUUGAACUGUGCCCAUAGUUUCUGCUCCUACUGUAUCAAUGAGUGGAUGAAGCGGAAGGUAGAAUGCCCCAUUUGUCGGAAGGACAUCAAGUCCAAAACACACUCCCUGGUUCUGGACAAUUGCAUUAAUAAGAUGGUAGAUAAUCUGAGCUCAGAAGUGAGAGAACGACGAGUUGUUCUCAUCAAGGAACGAAAAGAAUGUUCAGUUGGAAAUGACAAGGACAGCAUAGGAACCAUUCACCCAGACAGGGAAGGGACGGUGAUCUGAGUAGAAGUAAGCUGUGGGAGUAAUUGCAGCAAUGAAGUAGCAAUCCAAGAAGCUCUGGAACCUCAUGUUUCCUGUUGACCCUGUGGUCUUUGGGAUUUUGGAAAGGUCCUUUCAUCAGAAGAUGCAGUUAAUGAUCCUGAGUGCACCCGAUGCAUGGGCGGCUGAGUGCGAGGGAACCAUGCAUGCCAGAGGGAGGAGACGCAAGCUGACCUUGAUACCUGGCCCUGAGUCAGGGACUCUGGAGAGCCCCACCGCCCUGUCCUGAAGAGGAAAACGCCAAGAAACUGUUCUGAAGACCGUGCUCCAAGGGCUUUUGAAAGACUGCCAGGCAGUGGGAGCUUGGGAUGGUCCGAAGGAUUCUCUGUGGACAGGUCUUGGGCCGCCCUGAGGCAAGCGUGGGACAGAGACCCAGUUAGGAAGUCCUCCGUCGGGCGCCUCUGUGUCGGCCAGCCCUGCUGCCACCGUGUCUGAAGGGCCAGUAUUCACUACACCGACUGCUUCCGGGUGCUUGAGAGACUCUGCUUCACUACGGGUUGAAUGGGUUAUAUGUUUCUGUUGUGUUUUUUAAAUUUGUUGUUGUAGUUGUUGUUAUUGCUUUGGUACCUCAGAAGCACCUCUGUUGACAUUCGUUUGGGGCAGGUCGGGGGCACCCCCGUGGCUGCCCCUGAAGGCGAAGGCAGCCUCUAUUCAAGAGGAUGGUAUACCUCUUCUUUGUGAAAACAAGAUGUCAUUUCCCGGAAAUAAAAUGUAAAACCUCUCAGUUGCUCA